CUUUGGCGUCCUGCCUUUGAUUCGGUGGAGCAGACCGUUUGCCCCUCGCGUCGCGGUUUUCCAUGCAAUCGUGCGGUGUGUCUCUCGCCGCUGCUGCCUGCGCUGCUGCUCGGAGUCUCGGCUCGGCUUCUUCUGGUGGUGAUGAGGGAAAGAAAAUGGCGGCGGGAAAAGCGAGUGAAACAGAGGAGGACUUUCCGACACUGACAGCCCAGGAGAGGGACACUUUGGCUGGGAUCGACAGCUCACUGUUUGGAUUUCAGAAGCUUCAUGAAGAUGGCGCCAGAACGAAGGCCCUGUUGAUGAAGGCUGUUCGCUGCUAUGAUUCGCUCAUCCUCAAGGCCGAGGGCAAAGUGGAGCCCGAAAUAUUUUGCCAGCUCGGUCACUUCAACCUCCUCUUGGAGGAUUAUCCGAAAGCAUUAUCAGCAUACCAGAGGUACUACAGUUUACAGUCAGACUACUGGAAGAAUGCUGCGUUUCUGUAUGGCCUGGGAAUGGUCUACUUCCACUAUAACGCCUUUCAGUGGGCGAUCAAAGCAUUCCAGGAGGUGCUGUACAUCGACCCAGGGUUCUCCCGGGCCAAGGAGAUCCACCUUCGCCUGGGGCUCAUGUUCAAAGUCAACACCGAUUACGAGUCGAGCCUAAAGCAUUUUCAGCUGGCUUUGAUUGACUCCAACCCCUGCACUUUGUCCAAAGCUGAAAUCCAGUUCCACAUCGCUCAUUUGUAUGAGAUUCAGAAGAGAUACCGCGCUUCCAAGGAGGCUUACGAGAGCCUCCUGCAGACGGAGGAUCUCCCUGCACAGGUGAAGGCCACGACCCUGCAGCAGCUGGGUUGGAUGCAUCACACGGUGGAGCAGCUCGGGGACAAAGCCAGCAGGGACAGCUAUGCCAUCCAGUGUCUGCAGAAGUCUCUGGAAGCUGACCCCAACUCCGGACAGUCCUGGUACUUCCUUGGCAGGUGCUACGCUAGUAUUGGCAAGGUCCAGGAUGCCUUCAUCUCCUAUCGACAGUCCAUCGACAAAUCAGAGGCCAGUGCGGAUACGUGGUGUUCCAUAGGAGUGUUGUACCAGCAGCAGAACCAGCCCAUGGACGCCCUGCAGGCCUACAUCUGCGCCGUGCAGCUGGACCACAGUCACGCCGCCGCCUGGAUGGAUCUGGGCACGCUGUACGAGUCGUGCAACCAGCCGCACGACGCCAUCAAGUGCUACAUCAACGCCACCCGCAGCAAAGGCUGCACCAACACCGCCGCACUCACACACCGCAUCAAGUGUCUGCAGGCUCAGUUGAGUAACCCCCAGCUCAGUAGCCUACAGGGUAAAAGUAAAAUGCUCCCUCUUAUUGAGGAGGCCUGGAGUCUACCAAUCCCAGCUGAGCUAACCUCCAGGCAGGGAGGCCUGAGCAGUGCACCACAGCAGGCCUGUAAGCCCAACCAUAGUGCGGAAGGUGGGGGCUCGGGUCAAACCCUACCCCCUCAUGUAGGAGCACUGGGCCAAGCCGAAGAUCAGUCCUGCCCGGCCAAGAGGAGGAGAGCUGCCAGUCCUGCCAAGAGCGAUUCAUGGCCCAGUAAUCCACCACAGCAGCCGGUACCUAGUUGGCUCCUCUCUCCACAGAAAUUACAGAUGCUGGAGCAGCUGCGGAGUAACCGAGCCAACCUGAAGCCCCCACAGCCACAGAUGUUGGAGCAGCUGGAGGCCCAGCUUGCCGUGAUGCAGCAGCACCAGAUGAGGCAAAACGCCUCAGGAGGUCAGAUGCGCCCCUCUCUCCCCAACGGCCCCAGCACCAACCCCCUCCCGUCCCCCAGCCUCCACCCUAUGCGGCCCCACCUCGGACCCCACCGGCACCUUUGCCCUCCUCAGCCGCUGGCCAACGGACCCGUGGGCUCCGGGCCUCACGGACACUCGGACUCUGUGGGCAACAGUAGUAACGGUAGUAAUAAUCAGCCGGGGGCCGCGGCCACAGGACCCAACGGAGACGUGCCUUACCCGCAAGCUGCCGGCAGUGCAGCACCGCUACCUCACACCUGCACAAGCACGCAAACACCGGACGCCGUGCCGCGCCAGGCCCUGCACCUAAACUCCUCUCAGGGGCUUAAGAAGGAGUGUGUUCCACAUGCGACCAGCUCCAACAGCGAGGGAACCCCCUCCCACCUUCAGACCACCGCCACCACCCCCACUCGCCCCAACAAUCAGGUUGGACAUUCCACUAAUGCCCCGUCGCCACCGCGGCAGCAGCCUCACAACCACCUCCCCUCGCCGCCCACCCUGCCCGUCUCCUCUACCUCAGGUGGUGCUGGACCCGACGUGUCCACUACCAAAGAUGCCGCUGGCACGUCCAUCGGGAACGGGGGCUCCGAGGACAAGACGCCACUGCCGCCUUCUGACGGCAUUCGGGCUGACGGCCUAGCCAAUCACGUCCACUCUGGGGAUGGUGACAAGGUGGCGGAAGGUGGCGAGAAGCCAAGCCUUAGCGCAGACAAUCCCAGGCUAUCUUCCCUGCUGGCGGGGGGAAAGGGCCCGGAAAAGAGCGAGGGGCCGUCGGAAGCAUCCGCACCACCAGAUGCCCAGAAGAAAGUCAACAACAUUCAUCCAGCCGCCCUGCCCUCCAUCCCCCAGGCUCAGGGCAGCUCAGCCGCCUCCUCGCCCAUCUCCGCCAUCUCCACCGCCACGCCGUCGCCCAAAUCCUCCGAACACACCCAGACCGGCGCCCACAGCCCCACCAACACCACCACGUCUGCCGCUCCCGCCCUCAACGGGAACAGUAAAGGAGGUAUCUCAGAGGACUCUCAAAGCCCGCUGAAGGCGGAGCCACCCGCUGCCAUUGGCCUCAAAGCCACGCCCCCACAUGGACAGAGCUCAUCUUCAUCAUCAUCAUCAUCUUCAAUAUCCAUCUACCCCAGCUCCACGGACGUGCUGAAGGCCUGCAGAAACCUGGGGAAGAACGGGCUGUCCAACAGCAGCAUCCUCCUCGAUAAGUGCCCCCCGCCCCGGCUGCCGCCCCCUCCCACACCAGCCCUGCCCAAAGACAAGCUGAACCCUCCCACACCCAGCAUCUACCUGGAGAACAAGAGGGAUGCGUUUUUUCCCCCGCUGCACCAGUUCUGCACAAACCCCUCCAACCCCGUCACGGUCAUCAGAGGCCUGGCUGGAGCUCUCAAACUGGAUCUGGGUCUGUUCUCCACUAAGACUUUAGUAGAGGCCAACCCGGAGCACCCAGUGGAGGUCUGGACUCAGCUUUUGCAGCCCGCGGACGAGAACUGGGACCCGACGGGCACAAAGAAGAUGUGGCGCUGCGAGAGCACCCGAGCCCACACCACCAUCGCCAAAUAUGCCCAGUAUCAGGCCGCCUCCUUCCAGGAGUCCCUGCGGGAGGAAAAUGAAAAGAAGGCACUUAAGGAGCCCUCCGACUCGGAGCCAAUGUCAGCAGAGAGUGCUGCGCGAAAACAAAGAGGUCCCUUAAAACACAUCAAAUUUGGAACCAACAUCGACGUCUCAGACGAACGAAAGUGGAAACAGCAGCUACAGGAGCUCAGUAAACUCCCGGCCUUCGGGCGAGUCGUGUCGGCCGGGAACCUCCUCAGCCACGUUGGCCACACCAUCCUGGGAAUGAACACGGUCCAGCUCUACAUGAAGGUUCCUGGCAGCAGGAUCCCCGGACACCAGGAGCACAACAACUUCUGCGCCGUCAACAUAAACAUCGGUCCCGGGGACUGCGAGUGGUUCGCCGUGCCCGAGCCAUACUGGGGAGUGAUGAGCAACUUCUGUGAGAAGAACAACAUCAACUUCCUGAUGGGCUCCUGGUGGCCCAACCUGGAAGACCUAUACGAGGCCGACGUUCCCGUCUACCGGUUCAUCCAGCGUCCGGGUGACUUGGUGUGGCUCAACACAGGAACCAUCCACUGGGUGCAGGCCAUCGGCUGGUGCAACAACAUCGCCUGGAACGUCGGACCUCUCACCGCCCACCAGUACAAGCUGGCUGUGGAGCGUUACGAGUGGAACAAACUCCAGAGCGUCAAGUCCAUGGUUCCCAUGGUGCACCUCUCCUGGAACAUGGCGCGCAACAUUAAAGUGUCCGACCACAAGCUGUUCGAGAUGAUCAAGUACUGCCUGCUGCGGACGUUAAAGCAGUGCCAGUGGGUGAAGGAGGCCUUGGUGUCAGCCGGCAAGGAAACCGUCCUGAGGCCAAGGACCCGGGACGAGCCGGCCCACUACUGCACCAUCUGUGAGGUGGAAGUGUUUAACCUGCUCUUUGUGCGCCGCGAGCACCUCUCGAAGAAGCAGUAUGCGGUCCACUGCCAGGACUGCGCCAGGAAAGGCAGCGCCACGCUGGACGACUUUGUGGUGCUGGAACAGUACCGGAUGGAAGACCUCAUGCAGGUCUACGACCAGUUCACAUUAGCCCCUCCUCUUCAUUCAUCUUCAUCUUGACAUUAAGCGUCCUCUCUUACCUUCAUCUUUUCCUCUGGAGCCAUGAAGCCCCAUCUCCACCAACGUGUCGAGGUUUUAAAACGAAAACUCAACAUCCACAUAAACGGACCAUUUCUGAUAUUCAGGAAAGCCAAUGCUGUCUCCUCCCUCACCCCCAUCCUUCACAACCGCUCCUCCAUUGUGGCUGGUCUCCAUAGCGACGGCUGGAGGCUGAGAGUGUCUGUCUAUGCAACCUGUUUGAAGCACCGGGGCCUUCCAGAAGAGGGCGCCACCUGGCUUGUUAACAGGACUGGUUUCUCUUUGUCCCCUCCUCACCCGCCCUCUAAAAAGACAAUGGUUCAGAUGUGGAUUAAAGGAGGACUUAAUCAUACGGUUGGGAUCAGCGGCGCUCUUCGAGCGUGAUAUAAAAUGUUUUUGUAGAUACUUGUUAACUGUCACAACUGGCAACACCACCCGUAAAAAGACUACUGACUUGACCCUUCUGUCGCUUUCUUCUCUCUUUUUUUUUUUUAAUUCUGGUAACAGGAUGAAAUGUUUGGCUUUGAUUUGUGGAUCUCCUCCAGAUGUUCUUCUCCUUCUUUGUCCUAAGGAGCACUAGCCUAACUGGUCUUUUUCUACAGUAGAUAGUCGUUUUACGACUCUUUGGAAAGCGCAAAAAAAAAAAAAAGCAAAAGAAAAAUUUGUAAUGUGAAGAGUAAUUUUUCUUCUGUUUGUUUUUUCGGCUUUUUUCAGUUUGACCUUUGUCUUUAUGAAUUUUGUUUUUCUUAGGUAAAAAAAAAUGUAAAAAUAAAAUAAAAAAUUACUAGCCAAGUCACAAAGAAAAUGGGUUGCACAUAGACUUACGGAAGUUUAAUUUGUGAUUUUGUUUUUAUGUUUCUAAUCUCGAUGUAAAUUUACACUAUUUAUAAAUACAUAUUUAUUGCUUGAGGAUAUUUGUCGAUGGAAUGCUGUUAUUUUUUUCCAGAGUACCUGCCAUUAAAUUUGAAGGAGUUUUUGUCAUUUUAAA